CUUAUUGACCUAAAAAUGAAGAAACAUUUAUUUUCAGUAUGUCUUUUGUAAAAUUUAAUAACAGAAUGAAUCAAAUGUGGUAAGAGAAUAACAGAGCGGAUUACUUUCCAUUUCGAUAGAAUUAGUUUCACCAACAAUAGAAAUAUAAUAUUUAUCAAGUCAUUUACAGAUACAAUUAAUGCAGUACCAAUAAAUCUAAUUUAUUCGUUUACUGAGUUAGUUAAAUUUAAACAUUUAUUACGUUACCAUAAUGUACACGGAGUGGAGCGGGCGGAGCGAGCCGUCCGCCGGGUACACUAUCUUUUUUUGGGAUUUUUUAAAUUUUUAUUCCUCACGUACUUUAUAAAUAUCUCAUACUUGAAAAAAAUUUACAUUAAAAUGUAUCGGAAAGGUGCGGGACGCUAGCACCGCAGACACUAGGGCGCGACGCAAACAGAGGCACGCACGCACACAUACAGGACGGCGGCCGCCCCAAUAUACACAAAUAUAAAUAUGAGCCGACACGAACCCGAGACUUAUACCAUCACAUUGCGACGCACACCUAUUCGUUUUCCCUUUGUACCGCUACAGUUAAAAUUUUUCUUACAUAGUAAAAUUAACGGAAUACUUUAAAUCUAAAUAAAAAGAGAAGGCGGAGACGACGGAGCGCGGGGAACAUGGCCGCCGCGCUCCGUCGUCCGCGCCCGACGUUACAAGUACAUCAUUAAACUGAAACGAUGACAAUAUUUAAUUUAUCGCAAACACUAGAGAAAUGCAGGUCCAAUACGAUGGUAAUAUUGUGUGUCAUGAAACAAAAUGUAUAUUUAAAUUCUCUGCUUUUUACACACACACUAGCCGGCGGCUCACUUCGACGUCAUCAUGGUGACGAAUUCUGGAAAAGAAACACAAGCCAGCAUUAGUUCAGUAGCCAGGGGCGCUGCGACGAGCUUUAAAAGUGUCACAUAAACCCUUGCAUAACAUGUCUAAGAUAAAAUGUUAACACAAACAUUAUUAACACAACGAAAGUAACCGACAGAGAUAGAGAUGCACUAAAGAUGUAACCGCUAGUAGACAGAUACCACUAGAUGUAUUAACAGUAAAUAAAUCGAGUCAACACCAAACAUAUGCCUUCAGGUAACAGUGACAAUAUACAAAGCAAGGCAUGUACUUGAUGGAGCGACGGACAACAUAAAUAAACCUUACUUUUACCUCAUCAUGCCACUACAAGGGGAUUAUGUGAAAUACCACCCUCUGGAUAUAUCAACGCAAAAUACAAUCAUGAUAAAAGUAAUAAUAAAUGAUGGUCAAGUGUGAGAUCCCAACGAGAGAGUGAGAGGGCGGGGUAGGGCGGGACAGCUCAGGAGUGGCGGGACCAGCUAACAUAUCCAAGGGAAGGAACAGUUAAUAACGAGCAGCAAACCAUUCAGAUUAACACUGGGAUAUACCUAUUGUCGUACCGCACUCGACGUAGGCCGUUGGGCUCAUUGCAUCGAUCACUACACACUACUAGGGGAAAUUGUUUCGAGAUCACAGCGUUAUCGUAGAGUCUUUUCUUAUGGUUAGUUACGGUACUAAUAUCACAAGUGUGGCGGCGGGCCGUGCGCUAACGGCUGCCGUCGCCGCGAUCGAAAAUGAUUUUGGCGAAUGCAUGGAAGUCUGCAAGAGAGAGAACGCUCGGUCGGAUGAUGGAAUACACAUUGCACAUACAAGGACGCGGACCAACCCUAGCUUCCCAUACGUGUUACACUGUAUCCAUGCACAACGGGACAGCAAGCUUACUCAACAAGCGAUACUAUCUAACUAGUGAUCCAAAUACCACUCUUGUGUUCAAAUCAACUUCAAAUUUAAGCUUUCUAAACCAGACUGACAAUACAUAAUCGUACGACUGCAAAACGUCAGAGUCCAGUUAGUUUACUCUACUCGACUACAGUAUCAUGUCGUUGCAGGGACACAAUCUAUUACUCAAACAUCUUUAAACUUUCUGUACGCAAUACCAAGACUGCCAGAUACGUUUUUCGAUUUUAUAUAAUUUGAUAAAUAAAAUGGACCGUUUGGAAACAAGCAAACCCAACUGUUAGUGUGAACACGUACUAUGCUACAUGCUGGAGUCUGGUGUACGAUAUCAUUAUAAUACUGGGUUCUAUCACAUCGGUGGCACACUGAUUUGUCAACAGUACAUUGUUUUUGAGGAUCGGUCAUGCGUCAGUAGCGACUGAUAAUUUUUUGGUAUUAUAGAAAAACUAUACGUCAAUAAAGUGACUAGUGAAAACGUUGCAUAUUAAAAUACAUAAUUAUAAUGACGGUCUAGAAACAAGUUGUAUCCUUGUCCCUAGAGCGUCGUGCGGCGCGGUGCCGGUGUGGCGGUGGAGUGCAACAUCCCAAAGCGAGUGAGUGCGUGGGUACGUACCCUCGUAAUUGACUUGUCCGUCGCCGUCGAUGUCGGCCUCGCGGAUCAUCUCAUCGACCUCCUCAUCGGUGAGCUUCUCGCCGAGGUUGGUCAUGACGUGGCGCAGCUCAGCCGCCGAUAUGAACCCGUUGCCGUCCUUGUCGAACACGCGGAACGCUUCACGGAUUUCCUCCUCACUGUCGGUGUCCUUCAUUUUACGGGCCAUCAUCGUCAGGAAUUCGGGGAAAUCUAUCGUGCCGUUACCUGGAAAUCAACAA